CUUGUUGCUGAGAAAAGCAGUUUUCUUUCCUGUUUAAAGGUGCUGCACAGCCACCUUCAAAUGUCAGUGCAGAAUGAUGCACGCCACGUCGCAACAGAAAAGACAAGCCAAAACAAGAGAAAUUUUUCCACCAUUUAAAGAUCUCAUGAACCGGACUCCAGAUAUUUCCACAGACCAUAAGAGAGAGGAGCAGUCAAAAGCAUCAUCAAACCCCCCUCAGAAGAUGACACUGUUUUUCAGGAAAAUACAUGACUUUCUACAACAAACUGCUGUUUUCAGCUCUUUCCCACUGAGUCUUUCUUUAAUUGGAUUUGAGGAGUUGAUGGAAAUACAUGUUUUUGCAUGCCCUUGUAGACAUGAUCUGAAUGCAUGGCUAACAGCAUCCAUCUUUAUUGGGCCUACUUUUUUUAUUUUUGCUUUAAUGUAUGUUCUUCUUAGACCUUUUAGACAUGAUUGGUUUAAUUGUUCUCAAGGAGUGAAAGAUGAUACUCGGCAGAACUGGCCUAAAGCUCUUGCACAUUGUAUGGUGCCAUCUUUAAUGUGGUUCAUCAUCUUGUUACUUGAUGGUGAUUAUAUUGCCUGUGCCAUGACAGACUGGAAGGGAGUUUAUGUGUUUGAUGUUGAGCUCAACAGGUCUUGGUGUAAACCUACUAAAGGGAUGCAAAGUGAGACAGAGCUUCAAGAUUUGAUUCGCAUGUAUAUUCAUCAAUCACGGGUUUCAGGUUAUUUUAUAAGCUUUUUCUUCAGUGUAUUUACAAUAAUCUUAGUGAUUAUUUUUGACUGCCACAUAAGUGGGAAAUGUGACUGCUGCCAAAAUCGACUGUCAUCCUGCUGCAGAAGAACAGCACAGACACAGAGUGAGGAACAAGGUCCUACUGCAAUGGGACUGGAACAGCAAGUGCCAGGGAGUUCUGGUACAACGGGACAGCAAGAGUCAAGGAGUUCUGCUACAGCGGGACAGAAACAACAAGCGUCAGGGAGUUCUGCUACAGUGGGAUGGCAAUUAGACAGUUCUGCUACAGCGGGACAGGGACAGCAAGGGUCAGGGAGUUCUACUACAAUGGGCUCUUCUUCAAUGAUGCAGGAAUUGCAAAAGCUACUGCCACUGCCACACCAGGGGGAACAUAAUGACAACUAUCAAAUGAGCCACUUAUAAAAACCAAACAGUGAAAGGCCAUUUCCUAACAAGACCAGCUAUUCAAGGAUUAGUUCAUUUUCAAGUAAAGAUUUUUCUGAUAAUUUACUCACCCCCAUGUCAUCCAAGUUGUCCAUGUCCUUCUUUCUUCAUUCAAAAAGAAAUUAAGAUUUUUGAUGAAAACAUUCCAGGAUUAUUCUCCUUAUAGUGGACUUCAAUUGGCCUCGAACAGUUGAAGGUCAAAAUUACAGUUUCAGUGCAGCUUCAAAUGGCUUUAAACCAUACCAGACGAGAAAUAAGGGUCUUAUCUAGCGAAACGAUCGGUCACAAAUGCGGCUCCAGUUCUGCUUUUCCCGUAAAUUGACAGAUUAAAUUGUUACUCUCUUCCUUAACCAAAACUAUAUGCCCUCAGAUUACUUUAAAAGCUUUAAACUACUUUUGUCUUAAAAAAAAAAUUGUCUAAAAAAAAUACAGAUCCUUCAGAAGCUGCAGAAAAAUUAAUAGUUGAACUUGGGUUCAAACGUUCCAUUUAUGUUCACUUCGAAAGAGUAAUUGUAUAUUUGUAUAUUUAUAUUUUCACCUUCAGAUAAACAAAGGUAAAUAUUUUGCAUGUGUGCAUUUUUUUUAUAGUAAGUCUCUCUUUAAUCUUAUUGUGAAAUUAUUUGCUCAGAACAGUCUGUAUCUGUGAAGCGGAAACGGAUGUUUGAAUGGAGAAAAAAAGAAAGUGACAUAUCUGGCAGUGUUUCCAUACCAUGAGAUUAAAGAGACUCACUUGAAAUAAAAAUGAAAGUGAAACGUGCUCAAUGCAGGUUUGCAUAUAACAUGAUGUGAAGAACAUGCAAAUAUCUAUUUAAAUGUAUUACUUUCAGUACUUUUUCACAACCUUUUUUUUUGUCAAAAAAAAAAAAGGGUUUUAUCGUAUUACCAAAAAAAGGACAUGCAUUAUUUCAACAUUAAUUUGAUUAUUUUGUUUUUUCAUUAUUGUUCGACCUUGCACUAAUCCUUAACCACAGAAAACAUAUAAAGACUUGAAAUAAACAAAUAAAUAACUGUAAAUGUCAUAGAAGCGGUGAACUAGAUGAAGAGAGUUUUUCCAGACACUUGACAAAUUCAUAUAUGUUUUAAGUUUUAAAAAGUGCUAACCAACAAUUUCAUUAUUUUAAAUAAAUUGUUACUUUAUA